GCCGCUGGAGCCACACACACAGUAAGCCAGGCCGAGCAAGAAGUAGACGGUAGUUUUGAAAAAGCCAGCUGCAUGUUUGGAUUUUUCAGGGCCCAAUAUUUUUCUGUGUUCCGCCUCCCAUUUCUCUCUUUUUUUCCUUUUCAUUUAUUUUCUUUUACUCGUUGUUUCUCCCUUUGAUCUGCCUCCGCUGCCUUCACUGGUAAAAAGCAAUCAAAUAUUCUCCCCCUCGCUAUAUUUUUCUCGACCACUUUUAUUAACCCUUUAAAAAAAGUUAUAACUCGGGGGAACUUGUGUAAGAUUCAACGCUUGGAUGAAAAAGAAUGGAGGCCCUAGUUGUCAGACCAGGUCUGGUAGAGCCGAGAAGAGGACAGGGAUGGCGAGAUUCUUUGAAAGAAAGGAGAACAGAGGGGAUGGAGACAAAAGAGGCAAGGUUGAAAAGUCAGAUGAAAAAGGAACCAGAGAUCAGCCAACCACGUUUCACUCAGGACUAUAAAUAGCUGCAAACACAAAUCCAUCUAUUUUGGGCUAAUGAGAGAGCCAGUCAUGUGACGCAAACACAGAGAAAUGAAAGCCGGCAUCCAAGAGCCCUCGAAUGCGUCAAGGUCCCACAUAUCCCCCCAAUCCAUCCCCUCCUCUCUUCGCCGGAACUGCGCCUAGCUGGCAUCACAAGAUAGACACAUUUGGUUUGUGUCCUUGGGACAAAGAUGGCCGUCUCUCCUCUCUGGGCCCAGAGGAGGAUGAAGUGUCCUCUAAGCCAGUGGUUCCCAAACUACAGACCUCCCCCUCCGCCUCGUGUCAUUGGAGGCCAGCCGGCUUAUACCGUCCAUCGGAUACUGGAUUCCCGCCGGGUGCAGCGGUCCUGGCAGUAUCUGGUGGACUGGGAAGGCUACGGUCCCGAGGAGCGCUCCUGGGUUCCUGCCAAAGACAUACUGGACCCUGACCUCAUUCGUCAGUUCAGGGCUCUCCACCCUGAGAGAGCUGGUAGGAACGUCAGGAGCCGUUCCUAGGGGGAUUCUGUCAGGAUUUGGCCAGGGUUGUUCCGGUUUUUGGUCACUAGAUGCCCCCAUUGUGCCUUUUGACCUUUUGUUUUCCCUUGAUCCCCAUUAUUAUUUGCACCUGUGCCUCGUUUCCCCUGAUUGUAUUUAAACUCUUUUUUUCCUCUGUUCUUUGCUCUGUGUUUGUAUGUUAGCACCCAGCCCUAGUACUCUGAGAACUCUUGUUGAUCCCGGUGGACUCUCUUGUGGAAUUCUGAUUUUUUGUUCUUGUUUGUUUGUUUUUUUAGUAUCUUUUGAGGCUUUUUGUGCUUUACCUUCCACCUUGUGGAUUUACCUUUUUUGUCUUGGAGGAUUACCUUUGUUCUUGUAGGAUUCCUUUUGAGGUUGUGGAGUUACAUGUUUUCCUGAAGAACUUCAUUUUUUACUUCAUUAAAUACACCGUCUCAAGUACUGCUGUGUCUGCCUCAUCUUCUGGGUUCUGCUGACUAUUCGUGGCUCAGUUGGUUAAGUGACUGUUUCUCACUC